UGACAAGCCAGUCUGUGGCAACCGUCAUCAUCAUCAGUUCCCAUUGUGCCAUGUAAAAAACAACACGUCUUGCGCUUCCAAUCGGCAAAUUUAAUCCAUCUUUUGAGUUAAUGUGGUUUUCUUUUCUGCUAAAACACCCAUCUCAAUCAUUCCUUCGUGCACGUGGGACCCGCGUGAGUGGGGUGUAUGCGUGAGUGAGUGGAAAUCCGUCAAGUGGAAAUUGGCGUGCACAACAACCAAAUUCACCAAUAACAAUGCGAAUACGUGGUUCACCUUUUGGACGGUCGCUGUAUCAGAAGCUACUCCUCCUGGCUAUUGUUGUCGUGAGCUUUAUUUUCUACUUUAAAUUCAUCAAAUUCAGCACUGAACACCUCAACGCCAGCCCAGAGAGUAAUCUCGUGGAUCUCAAUGAAGUGAACAGCCUGAAUCCGCUGGAGAAGCUAAUCCGAGCUGAUUUGCUGAAGCAGGAACGUGGCCUGGGUGAUCGCGGGAAACCAGUCACCCUCGUGGGUGCUGCCAAGCGGAAGGGUGAGGAGGAUCACAAGAGAAUAGCUCUCAAUGAGGAACUCAGUGAACACCUGAGCUACAACCGUACUGUGCCUGAUGCUAGAAAUCCCCUCUGUAGGAGUAUGCACUAUGACCUGGACAAUCUACCCACGGCCAGUGUCAUUAUUAUUUUUUACAAUGAACCCUACUCCGUGCUCGUGAGAACGGUGCACAGUGUCCUGAAUACGGGAGAUCCACGCAUUCUCAAGGAGAUCAUCCUCGUGGAUGAUGCCAGUGUGAAUGUUGAACUCAAGGACAAGCUCGAUUACUACAUCGAGACACGAUUUCCCAAGAAUGUUCGGCUCAUCCGGCUAACAAGCAGAUUGGGUCUCAUCCGUGCCAGAUUAGCGGGAGCGCGUGUGGCACGUGGCGAGGUGUUGGUGUUUCUGGAUGCGCACUGUGAGUGCGUGGAAAAGUGGUUGGAGCCCCUAUUGGCGCGUAUAAAGGAAUCCCGGACGAGUGUGCUGGUGCCAAUAAUUGAUGUUAUCGAUGCAAAGGACUUCCACUACAGCAGCAAUGGGUAUAGCACCUUCCAGGUGGGUGGAUUCUCAUGGAGUGGGCAUUUCGACUGGAUCGACAUCUCGGGGCGUGAGCGUGAGCGCCAAAAACGAGAAUGCCCCGAGAAGGAUGUUGAUGUUUGCCCCACGUACAGUCCCACAAUGGCCGGGGGCCUCUUUGCAAUCAAUCGCGAAUAUUUCUGGGAAAUUGGCAGCUACGACGAGCAAAUGGACGGUUGGGGUGGUGAGAAUCUGGAGAUUUCAUUCAGAGUAUGGCAAUGCGGUGGGACAAUUGAGACGAUCCCAUGCUCCCGCGUGGGACACAUCUUCAGAGAUUUUCAUCCGUACUCAUUCCCAGACAAUCGAGACACUCAUGGCAUCAACACCGUUAGGAUGGCGCUUGUCUGGAUGGAUGAAUACAUCAAUCUGUUUUACAUGAACCGACCAGAUCUCAAGAAUAAUCCGGAAGUGGGAGAUGUGACACACAGAAAAAUCCUGCGAGAUAAGAUGCGAUGCAAGAGUUUCGAUUGGUACCUGAAAAAUGUCUUCCCGGAAAAGUUUAUACCAACAAAGGGUGUUCAGGCGUACGGACGUGUCAAGUCACUGACCUCAAACAUGUGCCUCGAUGAUUUGCAGCAGGAUCGCGAGAGUCCCUUCAACGUUGGUAUCUACGGAUGCCAUGGGCCGCAUGUGACACAUUCGCAAUUCUUCUCCCUCACCCGCGAUGGUGUUCUUCGUAUUGAGGAAGCAUGUGCUUCUGUCCAGGAGAGUAAAUCCACAAGGAUGUUUGUAAUAAUGUCCAGCUGCAACAAAUACAAUUCCGUAAACAAUCGAUGGGAACUUACGGCAGCCAAGCAACUCAGGUAUGUAAAAUUGAAUCUCUGUCUCGAUAUGCGUGAUCUCAAAGAGAUGGACUACGUAUACGUGGCUCCGUGUGAGCCCGACAGUGAAUCACAACUCUGGGACAUCACCCACUGAACACUGAAGCCUGAUGUUGGAAGAAUCUUCAGGGAUAAAUUUUCUCUGGCAAAAUGGGUGCUCUUGUGCUGACUUCAAAGAUAUAUUUAAAUUUAAAAAGAAAGAAAAAACAUCACAUUCUCUGUGCUGUGAUAAAAUAUCCCCUUCCUCCUGCUCCUUGAUGUGAAAAUUCCUUCCGAACUCUUCAACCACAAAACUUUCAUUCGUAUAAAACCAUUAACAUUCCUCCCAGUGCAAUUGGGCCUCUCUGUUGAAAUUAUUUACAAUUGGUUUUCUUUGCAUUGCCACAAUGCCAAGAACAAACCAGAGACUAUGUGAAAAACUAUUAUGUGUUGUACCUUACAUAACAGGGUACUCGCUAAAUUACUAUUGAUAAGCGAUAAGACAAAAAUUUAAGACUUUCCGCAGUAUUUUCUCUCUUGGUGGCAAAAUUGUAAUUAACUUUUUGCAUUAAACUUUAUAAAUUCUUCUUCGAGUCCCAAUUUAAUGAGCAUAAAUGAGAAAUUAUGUACUUAAGCAUUUACAGUAGACGUAGCGUUUAGCAUCAAAUUAAAUCGUUCUAACAAAAUGCUCUGUUGAAAAGAAAAAUCGUUAAGAAGUUUUCUUCUUAAAAGACUGAAAAAUGAGAUUCUUUUAUUUAUUGCACGGAAUUGUUCUUCCAAUUGGUUAACCCUUUCCGGCCCAAUUACGAUGGGAAUGUAAAAAAAACUCAAAUCAAAAGGCUAAUGCAUCACAUUAUUAUCAUCAUUCCUAUAUACUUCCUCCUUUAUAUCCCUAUUUGACCUUUAAAAGGGAUAAAAAUGUCCUUCCAUGUUGUAACAACAAAGACAAAAAAAAUGAGCAUUUAUGAAAUUAAAAAAAAAAUGCCAACGUAUGUAAACUAGACGUUUUUUUAUAAUUAAAAUUAAAAUUAAAAAAAAAGAAACCAAGUCAAUGUAUUAAAAAAAUUUAUGACGGAAUUUUUAUCGUCUUGAAAGAACAAUAAAUAGAGAUAGUUUGUAAAUUAAAA